AUUGAAGUUAUUCUCACCACAACCCUCGAACCCUCCUCUCUUCCCCAUCGCCAGCUGCAAAGAUGGCAUCUCAACCCCUCAACUCUUCAAUGCAACCCACAGAUGUCUACGGUGGAGAUGAAGUAUCCGCAAUCAUUCUCGACCCAGGCUACUCCAGCGUUCGCGCCGGCUUCGCAGGAGAAGACUCGCCGAAAUCCUUCCUCAAUUCACAUUACGGCGUGCUAGACAGCGGCAAGUUCGUUUUCGGCGACGAUGCGAUCCACAACCCGCUCAGCCAUCUCGAGAUCCGGAACCCGAUGUCGAAGGAGGGCAUAGUGGAGGAUUGGGACACGGCUACACAAUUAUGGGAAUAUGCGAUUACAUCACGACUCACGAGCUUCAAGCAGGCGGAUCCACGGACGAAUGGCCUGAAUGAUGAUGUUAAGGAUAUGGAUGUGCAGAUGGAGGGGGUUGAAGAUAACGAGAAACCGCUGGAAGAGCAUCCGCUGCUGAUGACCGAGACGGCAUGGAAUACAGUGAAGAAUCGCGAGAAGGCUAUUGAGAUUGCGAUGGAGAGCUGGGGAUGUCCUGCGUUCUGGCUAGCGAGGAACAGUGUCAUGGCUGCGUUUGGAGGGGGAAAGGCAACCGCGCUGGUUAUUGACGUCGGUGCUUCGACGGCGUCUGUUCUCGGUAUACAUGAUGGACUCAUCUUGAAGAAAUCCGUGCAGCGAUCGCAUCUCGGCGGAAAUUGGCUCUCUUCACAACUUCGCGCUAUGUUCAACAGCCAGGAUCCAAAGAUUGAGCUGGUACCGCAUUUCAUGGUCUCCUCCAAGACGGCAGUUGAUGCAGGUGCGCCAGCCCAGGCUGUAUUCCGCAAAUACGAUAAGACGGCUACAGACAGCUUCCGAGCAUUGGAAGAAGAGCGUGUUCUUACCGAGUUCAAGGAGUCAGUUGUGCAGACAUGGUCUGGCCCCGGCAGGUUGAACAUGCAGAAUCAGACUGGAGGUAGCAAUCUCGACUUCGCCCGCUCACAACCAGGUCGCGUAUUCGAGAUGCCAGAUGGUUACAACCAGAUGUGGGGUGUAGAGCGCUUCCAAGUCGCAGAGGGACUAUGGGACGCCAAAGCCGCUCUUUCUGUCCCUGGUGAGGCGGCUGUUACCCAGUCACAGACUAUUAUUGAUAUGAUCAAGGCGAGCAUUGGUGCUGUGGAUGUUGAUCUCAGAGGGCAUCUUCUUGCGAACAUCAUUGUCACUGGAGGCACGACGCUGAUCAACGGGUUUGGAGAUCGUCUGAACAAUGAACUGAUGAACGCGUACCCUGGUACGAGGAUCAAGGUCCAAGCUGCUGGAUUAACUACGGAGAGACGCUUUGGUAGCUGGAUUGGAGGAAGUAUCUUGGGCAGCUUGGGGACGUUCCAUCAGAUGUGGAUUUCUAAAGCAGAGUACGCUGAGUUUGGUUCAAGCGUCGUAGAAAAGAGGUGUAAGUGA